AUGAACCCGUUGACCCUGAGGUGCACGUGCGGCAGGGGGCGCCACUGCUCCGCUCACGCGGUCCGCACGCACGUGACGCACGGAGCUGUUUCGGGUUUUGUUCCGGGUUUUGACGUUUGCAGGAAGCGACUCGUUUUGGGGAAAUAUUCGUGGAAAAUGUCCGUGAAAGUGCGCGCUCUGCGGGGGCUCGUGCUGGAGAGACUCGCUGCGGCCGCGGACGAGAUUUUUGCGCUUUUCGAACGAACGUUUGCGCAAUAUGAAGAGGAGGUUCUGCGGACAAAAAUCCUGCAACAACCGCGAGGCGCUUUGCACAGAGAAGACAUCCAGACUGUGACCGUGGGCGAAGAAAUCCGCUCCGACCAAGUUAUCGAGGAGGAGCGCAUCAAAAUCGAGCAGGACGUGAACCGACCGAUCCCACUCCAGUAUCCGACCCCAGCUGAAGAGACCGGACCGGACCAGAGCGGAGAGCGACGCGACGGAGAGGAGCCCGGCUGCAGCAACAACGAUCUGAGUUUGGACGAUAACCGAAGCCCUUUCAGCUGUUCAGACACGGACGAUUCAGACGAGUGGGCUGAGGAAAUGACCAAAAGCAACGGGAAAGGACCUAACGCAGGUUUUAAGAAAGAUUCAGCGGAAAAUAACGUAAGCUGUGAUAAUAGUUUUAAUCGCGACGAAAGUAAGGACCAACUACCUAAAUGUACUUUGUGUUACAAGACUUUUAAAAACAUGGAAUCGCUCGAAAAACAUCUGGAGUUUCACCCAGGCCCGUUCACGUGCCAAGUCUGCAACAAGGUUUUCAGCUCCAAAUCGAAUUACAAAACGCAUUUACUCUCCCACACGGAACGGAGAGACAAACCGCACAAAUGCCCAGUGUGCGGACGCGGCUUCCUCCAGAGGUGCCACGUCAAGGACCACAUGAGAAUCCACACGGGGGAAAAACCUUACAGCUGCACGGAGUGUGGCAAGAGCUUCCGACAGCAGAAUUCCCUGAUGAGGCACGUCCUGUCUAUGCACAGCGAGGACAAACCGUACAAGUGUUCGCUCUGUCCGAAGGGGUUUGUGCAGAAGCCUUAUUUGGAGUCUCACAUGAGGAAGCACACGGGGGAGAAACCUUUCGUGUGUUUGGUCUGCGGGAAGUGCUACAAAGAAAAAUACUGUCUGAAAAAACACAUGAGUCUUCACUUAGAGGAGGGAGACAUCACCAGUCAAGUGAUACAAUAGGUUUCACUUUGAGGACGUAAAGUGGGGUGAUCGCAUGUCCCAAUUUUCCAAUCCAAUCCUCCAAUCCACUUUAUUUCUGUCGCACAUUUCACAAACAAACAGUUUCCAAAGUGCUGCACAAAUACAUCAUAAUAACAACAAUAAUAAGAUAAGAUGAUAAAAUAAACUACUGAAAUAAUAAAACCAGUAAAUUAAAAAUAAAACAAAAUUAUACAAUAGAAAUAAAAUAAACCAAUAAAUAAAUUAAAUCAAUAAAACCAAUAAAAACACACAAAAAUAAAUAAAAAACACAGAGGAGCACAGGACUCACGCCGGAGAAUAAAAGUGGGUCUUAAGACGAGACUUAAAACUCUCCACAGUGGGGGCUGUUCGAACGUGGAGUGGCAGAGCGUUCCAGAGUGUUUCAGAGAGUUCCAGAGUGUUCCAGAACAUUUCAGAGUGUUCCAGAGCGUUUCACAGCAUUCCACAGCGUUUCAGAGCGUU